UGGUCCUCCUCGUCCUCCUCCUGCUGCUGGGUCCAUCCUCGGGUCGGGACACCCCCCGGAGCGGGUCCAUGGAGCAGGACUCGGUCCACGCGCGCCACAACAACGCCUCCUCUUCCUCCUCGCCCCAGGGCUGCGGCUUGGGCUACGGGCCCCUCGUCUACUACAGCCUGCUCCUCUGCCUGGGGCUGCCAGCGAACAUUUUGACAGUCAUCAUCCUGUCGCAGUUGGUGGCGCGCAGACAAAAGUCCUCCUACAAUUACCUUUUAGCUCUAGCAGCUGCUGACUUACUGGUACUCUUCUUCAUUGUCUUUGUUGACUUUCUGUUGGAAGACUUCAUCCUGAAGAAGCAAAUGCCCGAGAUCCUGGACAAAAUUAUUGAGGUCUUGGAAUUUUCUUCUAUUCACACGUCCAUUUGGAUUACUGUGCCAUUAACUAUUGACCGGUACAUAGCAGUCUGCCAUCCGCUCAAAUACCACAUGGUUUCUUACCCGGCUCGCACUCGAAAAGUCAUUUUAAGUGUUUACAUCAUUUGUUUCCUGACCAGCAUUCCAUACUAUUGGUGGCCCAAUAUUUGGAAGGAAGACUACACAAGUACAGUGAUUCAUCACAUCCUCAUUUGGAUCCACUGCUUUACUGUCUACUUAGUCCCUUGCUCUAUUUUCUUCAUCCUGAAUUCAAUCAUUGUGUACAAGCUUCGUCAGAAGUGCAAUUUCCGACUGAGAGGGUAUUCUACAGGGAAAACCACCGCCAUCUUGUUUACAAUCACCUCCAUUUUUGCCAUCCUUUGGGCACCGAGGAUUAUCAUGAUACUAUAUCACCUGUAUGUCUCCCCAAUAAACAACAGCUGGUCGGUCCACAUUGUCUCAGAUGUCGCCAACAUGCUAGCCCUGUUGAACACCGCCAUCAACUUUUUCCUGUACUGUUUUAUUAGCAAGCGAUUCCGCACAAUGGCCGCUGCAACGCUUAAGGCCUUCUUUAAAUGCCAGAAGCAACCUGUUCAGUUCUAUACAAACCAUAACUUUUCAAUCACCAGCAGCCCAUGGAUAUCCCCAGCCAACUCUCACUGUGUUAAAAUGCUCGUUUACCAAUAUGAUAAGAAUGGGAAGCCUAUAAAAAUAUCGCCCUGAUUGUGAUGCAGAUGGUUCCCUCCGGGUGCAAGAUAUGUUGAAGUUGUUACGUUCGUGGGAUGUUAUGGCCCAAAUCGUCAACUGCAAAGAGCAGCCGUUGGAUUUCAUGUCUCCCUGAGAUUCAGAAGAUCGUUAGGGUAGAACUGGAAUAAACAGGAGAAAAACAAGGAGAAAGCAAAUCAGCUUCACCUCCUUUAAGCACAUGGUGUAACCUUGAAACAAGAGUGCCACGAAAUGUUCUUGGUGAAAAACUAUUCCAGUGCAGAUGUAUUACUUUGAAUGAACUGGGUUGAUCAAAAUACAUCCACACUGAAUAAUCUAUCUAUCUAUACAUAUCUAUCUAUCUAUUUAUCUAUCUAUCUAUCUAUCUAUCUAUGGAUGAGGGUUGUUGCCUUACUUGCCCUCGAUUAUUUGGUUUCCUUUUCUUUUCUGUUGCAUUUUAUAUCUGGCAUGGAAUCCUACUGCACAGAUUUUCUACAGACAGCACAGAAACAAAGUGAGCCACCCACAAAGUAUUUGUAGGAAGCCUAUGCUCAACUUUGAGGAUUCUCUGGGACAGAAAUGGGAGUCACCUUUCAGCCAUAGCAUGCCAAGCAAUGAGGAAGUACUUGCAGCCAUCAACUUGAAUGCUGAGUCUGACACCAUAUCCAAAAUUGUUAAUGAAAAGGAGAAGAAUGUUAUCCCAAUAAUAAUAAUAAUAAUAAUAAUAAUAAUAAUAAUACCAACAACAAUCAAAACACACAACACUUGGGCAUCCCUUUUGGAAUCAUGACCUUUAAAGGCUCCAUGCCCACGCCUUGCAAGGUGCUUUGUUUAUCUAUAUUCCUUUGCAUUUUAAUGGAGUCUAUAAUACCCAUUGGAGCCUAAGGACAUUGUAAGACUUUUCCUGGCGAAGCUCUUGUUUGUUGUUUGCAUAUAUGGAGGAGGGUAAGAUUGUAGGAAACAUAGGGGCCCUUUGUACCUAUAAAUUCCAGCAUUUCCUCAUCCAUCCUUAAAAGUUAUUGGGAUGAGAGAGAGAUGCUUGUGGAAGUCACAUACCAUCAACCUCGAGAUUUUCCACCAUGUUGUUUGGACCGCAUGUUUAAAAGAAGCAAAGGUUUCUUCAAAAGAACCAUCUUCACAAUCUACUAAAUAUAUUACAGAUGUCACCGGCAGAUGAAGCCACAAGUAGCAAAUGAAGCAAAGGAAAUGGACAUUGUUUACUAUUUCUUGUUGAGUAAUUGUUUCAGUGCAUGCUCGCCUUAAAUAAUACGAAACGGUAUAUAACCCAUACAAUCUUGUUCAUUUGUGGGAUUUUGACACAUGAGUGGACUGUUUCUAUAUGCUUUCCAGUCACUUUAUUAAAUGUGAGCCAAAUUCUGCUCCACACUUUUUUUCAGUAGAAAUGGUCUCAAACCCAUUAAAAAGAUCUAAAGGUGGGAUUCUGGAAAGGCAGGCCAGAUCUACACUGCCAUAUAAUCCAGUUCAAAACAGAUAAUCUGGAUUCAGAAACAAGUUUAUAUGGCAGUGUAGAUGGGGCCUCAGAUACCAUGUUGCCUAAUACCAUGUUGACUGUAGUUAAACUAGAUUAAUGUGUUUAUAGUUCCUUUUCAUACUUAUGGUAGUGAAUAGAUACUACUGCUGACAAUUAAGUGAGUAUUACAUUCAUUUGGCAGGAAAAUUGCAAGGUUGGGUCAGCUUUGCUUAGCAGCUUCAUAGGGGUGAAGGCUUGAAAGUUUAAUAUGUUAGGGAAAAAACAGCAGGAUGGUUGCGUGAUUUAUAGUUUUCUCCUUUCUCAAUCAUGCCCUCCCUAUGCUGCGCACUGAACUGAUUGUCUUAGAGGCAAGCUAUAAAAAUCAACCCAAACAUUACAGAGUUCUUUAUCAGUAGACAGUAGAGUUUUUACUGCACAGCCUGACCUUGUGCCACUCACUGUUUAAUGAAACACUUUCACUCUGGUUUUCAGAGGCUUUUAAUCUUGACACAUUGCUUUUAUGUACAAUUAUAUAAACACAUCAGGAUCGCAUCAUAUCCUAUCAGUAUAUACAAUGAUAUACUUACAACAGAUAUCAGCAAGAGAUGUACAGCAAGAAGUGAGAAUCAUAGCAAGAGAGAAGGUACAUACUUACUACCCACUUUUAAACCCAUUGCUUCUCAUGAUCAAACUGGGACAAAAUGGAAAUGGUGUAAUUCUUGUCAUGCCUGUCACAUGGUCAUGACUCAAGCUUCUUUGUAUGUCCUUCAAGUUCCACAUUACCAUUUACUUAACCCUUCAGUGGGUAUGUGACCAGAUGUUCAUUAGAACUGUAUUUUCCAAUAAGUAAUGCACAAUGGGGUCUCAGUCAGUGCAUUUUCUAUCUAACAGUCUAACAUAAUAUGUCCAUGCUCUAUAUUCAUUGGGUUUCUUCUCCCCAUAGAAUAGUAGGGAAGCAUAGGUACAAUCAUGCAGGAUCCAAAUAUCUUUCCUCUAGCCAUGAUUCUCUGGUAUUCUUGAGUCAGAAGACAUUUAUUUCAAUAGGAUUUGCUAUUAUCGGAGGUUUCGCAUCUCCAUGUGAAGCCCAGGAACAUAUCCCCUGUGGAUACAGGGGCCCUACUAUAGUUUUUUGAAAUUGAAUCUACUCCAAUAUUCUGGAACUUUGCUUAACUAGGUCUCCUUCUACACUGCCAUUUGUUGUUUAUUCAUUCAGUCGCUUCCGACUCUUUGUGGCCUCAUGGGCCAGGCCAUGCUAGAGUUCCCUGUUAGCCGUCGCCACCCCCAGUUCCUUCAAAGUCAAGCAAGUCACUUCAAGGAUACCAUCCAUCCAUCUUGCCAUUGGUCGGCCCCUCUUCCUUUUUUCUUCCAUUUUCCCCAGCAUCAUUGUCUUCUCCAAACUUUCCUGUCUUCUCUAUGUGGCCAAAGUAUUUCAUCUUUGCCUCUAAUAUACUUUCCUCCUGUGAGCACCCGGGCUUUAUUUCCUGAAGUAUGAACUGGUUGGAUCUUCUCACGGUCCAAGGAACUCUCAGAAUUUUCCACCAACACCACCAUUCAAAAGCGUCUAUCUUCCUUCGCUCAGCCUUCCUUAUGGUCCAGCUCUCACAUCCAUAGGUUACUAUGGGGAAUACCAUUGCUUUAACUGUGUGGAUCUUCGUUGCCAUUGUGAUGUCUCCACUAUUUUAUCGAGAUUGGCCAUUGCUCUCCUCCAAACAUCUUCUGAUUUCCUAGCUGCAGUCCACGUCUGCAGUAAACUUCCCGCCUAGAAAUACAAAGUCUGUCAUUGCCUCCACGUUUUCUCCCUCUGUUUGCAAGUUAUCAAUCAGUCUUUGUCAUAAUAUUGGGGUAUUUUUAUGUUUAACUGCAACCCAGCUUUUGCACUUUAUUCUUUCACCUUGGUUAGAAGAACACUGCCAUAUAAUCCAGAUUAUCGAAGCAGAUCAUCCGCAUUAUGUGUUGUCAGAAGCUUUUAUGGCUUGGUUGCUAUGAAUUUUUUGGGCUGUAUGGCCAUGUUCAAUCGGAAAUUUUAAUGAAGCCUUUGCCUUGCUGGAGGGAUUGAAAACUAGGCAACCUUUUGUAGCCCUCAAAAGUAUUUGCAUGCAGGGAUAUGCAGCACAUUUCAUGUACUAAGAAUCUGGAAAAGGGGCCCAAAAACUUAAAGUCAUUUUUAGCAGAGUUUUAUUCUGCGUUGGGUCCUGAUCAAAGGAAUGUUACCUUUUGGCUACAACCCCCAGAAUCCCCAAACAUCAUGACCUCUGCCAACUGGGGGAUUGCAGCUACUGUAGUUACAAUUUUUGAGGUCUGGUUAAACCACAUGCAAUGAUUGUAUAUACUAAGAACAUUUACUGCAAUAAGAAGUCAGUGAAAAAUGUUAAUGGCCAUAACAAUGACAAAAUAAUGCACAAAUAUCCAGUGCUUUACUACAAGCUUGAAUGUUCUGGAACAUAAACCAUAUGUUCCAAUCCUCCACUUCUUAGUCCUUUUCCUUUUGUACCUUUAUUUUAUUAACCUUUGAAAUGUUCUGUGUUCUUGAGUUUGGAUGAUCACAUAUCAUUGUUCCUCUGAAAUGUGCUUGCCGGAAGGCUAGAUGGAGGAAUUACAUGAUUGUAUACA